AUGACGUGUCCUAUUACCCCAGACCUCCUCUCCAGACCUCCUUUCCACACCUUGGGUCUCAGAACCCCACCCUUGCUUCCCUGGGUAUGUCUGACCUCUCCACCCUUGUCUACAGGGGCUUGGGGCCAAAGGAACCAGCAACGUGAGGUUAGCAUGGAAAAUGGCGAAAGGAAGAAGCUGUCUUCCACUUCACCGGAUGAAGAUCACAAAGAAGAAAAUAAAUUAAAACAAGAAGUUCCCCAAGAUUUGUCUUCUUCCCCCAAAUUAGACAGAUACAAAAUAGCAAGACAAUUAACAGAAAAGGCCAUCAAGGAAAAGAAGAUUUUCUCCAUCUAUGGGCACUACCCUGUCAUCCGGGCCGCACUGCGAAAAAAGGGCUGGGUGGAGAAGAAGUUUCAUUUCCUGCCCAAAGUUCUUCAGAGUGUUGAGAGCGAAGAUAAUAAAGGUGCAGAGACCAAAGAAAAUCAAGAAAUACCCUUGGAGAGAUUAGAUGAUAUUCAUGAUGUGAUGUCCAGGUUGGUAAAGAACGAGAUACCAUACCUCCUCUGGACUAUCAAGAGGGACGUUGUGGACUAUCACAGCCUGACCUGUGACCAGAUGCUGAACCACUACGGGAAGACAGCAUCAUUCACCACCAAGAUUGGGCUGUGUGUGAACAUGAGAAGCCUGCCUUGGUACGUCCAGGCCAACCCUAACACCUUCUUCCCACGUUGCUAUGGCCUUUGCACCGAGAGCGAGAAGCAGGAAUUCUUGGAUGACUUUCGGCGCACAGUGGCUUCCAGCAUCCUCAAGUGGGUAGUCAACCACCAGAAUUACUGCAGCAAAAUCAAGGCCAAGAGUAAGAAGGAGGAGGCCAAGAAUGGUGACCCCAGCCCCAAGAAAGAUUCAGAUAAUAAUGACCACAAGUCGCAAGGCCUCUCCGGACAGCUUGUGGACACGGCAUGCAAGGUGUGCCAGGCCUACCUGGGACAGCUGGAGCACGAGGACAUUGAUGCAACGGAGACCAGCACGGAAGCCUUGACUGAGGAAGAAUGGAACGACUUGACAAAGCAAUACUACUUAUUGGUUCAUGGCAAUGCUUUCAUCCUUGAUUCGAGAAGUUACUUUUCACAAUGCCAGACUCUGUUGAGUAAGAUCAGUUCUGUGAACCCUCAGACAGAGAUCGACGGGAUUCGGAACAUCUGGAUCAUAAAGCCCGCAGCAAAGUCCCGAGGUCGAGAUAUUGUGUGCAUGGACCGUGUAGAGAACAUCUUGGAGCUGGUGGCCACCGACAGCCAGACCACGAAGGACAACAAAUGGGUAGUUCAGAAGUACAUCGAGACUCCGAUGCUCAUCUACGAUACCAAGUUUGACAUCAGACAGUGGUUCCUCGUCACAGACUGGAACCCCCUAACCAUCUGGUUCUACAAGGAGAGCUACCUCCGUUUCUCCACACAACGCUUCUCCCUGGACAAGCUGGACAGUGCCAUCCACCUGUGUAACAACUCCAUUCAGAGGCGUCUCAAGAAUGACAAGGAGCGCAGCCCGCUGCUACCUGGCCAUAACAUGUGGACCAGCACCCGCUUCCAGGAGUACCUGCAGAAGAGGGGCCGAGGGGGGACCUGGGGCACCAUCAUCUACCCAUCUAUGAAGAAAGCAGUCACCAAUGCCAUGCGGGUGGCCCAGGACCACGUAGAAGCCCGUAAGAACAGCUUUGAGCUCUACGGAGCCGACUUCAUCCUGGGGCGAGACUUCAAGCCUUGGCUCAUUGAGAUCAACUCCAGCCCUACCAUGCACCCCUCCACUCCCGUCACAGCCCAGCUCUGCGCCCAGGUGCAGGAAGACACCAUCAAGGUUGUGGUGGACCGCAAACUGGACCGAAACUGUGACAUUGGCAACUUUGAGCUUCUGUGGAGGCAGCCUGCCGUGGAGCUGCCGCCGUUCAAUGGUUCUGACCUCUGUGUGGAAGGGAUCAGUAUGAAGAAAGCCAAGAAGCCAAUGCCUCCCAUUACCAACCUCAGCUUCUCGGAAUCGCUCUUAGACACUCCACUCAAAGUGCGGAGCCCCCGGGCCCUACCAGAUCCAGCUACGGGGCCCUCCCGAAUGGCCCUGCGGCAGGACUGGAAACGGGAAGAAGCGAAGGUACUUUCGGCUACCGGGUCUGUACCAGUAACAGCUGCUGAGCGCAGAGUUCGAGCAAAGCCUGCGUAUGCCUUCCCGGUUAGUAACUACGAACAUGGAGACAGUAAGACCCCCAAAAGCACUUUUACCAGAACUCAGUCCACCAAACACUCAGAUCCAAAUUUAACAAGCGUACAGCACCUUUCCCUGGUGCUGCAGAAUACGAAACCCAUGGAAAGGCCCCGGUCUCCACCACCCAGAGCCUCCAGUAACCAUGGGGAGCUUGUGCCUUUUUGUCCCAUCAUAUUUGAGGAGUUCUGGCUCCAUCCCAAUCCUCGAAGAAGACCUUCGAGCUGCAGUCUCCAGAGCAGGACACAGGGCUGGAUGAAGGGUAUGCCCUGA